AUGCCUCACCUCGCGGCCGCAACGGGCUGUGACUCUGAUAUCUGCCUGCUGCUGCACCGCCAACACGGCCCAAUCAAUCCCGAAUACCACAGAUUUACAGAUCUGGACUCUGAUGGAAAUCUUUCCCUCCAGUCAAACCUUUCACAUCAACCCCGUGGGCCAUCUCCAAACCGCGCAUAUCAUCCAGACGGGAUAAUCCACAGACCCAGAUCCAUUCUCCUAUACCCGUGCCCAUGCUUUUUCCUCUCCACACACUGCAACGGGAACCGCCCCCCAGUCCGAGCCACCAUCUGCCUUCCAAACCGUCGAACCCCUAGCCGCGUUGGCGUUGCAUCCUUGUAG